ACGUUUUUCAUCUCUCUAAUUAAAAUUAAACACUCUAGAAAGAUUGGGAAUCUUCUAAGAAAAUUCACAAUUUUAACACCUCUACCGACCAUCUCAAGAGAUCCUAUCAGUAAAGUUAACUGGUCGCGAGCUAUUUGUGGAGAAAGUUGAUGUAGCACUUUAACACCCUGGUGUCUGAAAAUGUUUUAAAAAACAUAAACAAAAAUCUAAUUUGAAAAUUCAUCAAAUAAACAAAGUGAUAACAAUAUGACCGAGUCAGAAUCUUCCUUUAAUCUUACAUGUUUUGAUGAUGAUUUUGAUAAGCACACAGAGGAAAUAAACGAGUACUACGAGUAUCUAGAAACGCAUGAUUUCAUAGAACUAAAUUGGAAAUGUCCUGGAAGAAAAACCCCUCAGAAAGCAGAAGAUAUACCAAAAGUUGAGACGCCGACAAAAGAGCUGCAACACUCAAAAAAUAUGGAAUUUGAUUUUGAAGAUGAACUUCCUGAGCCUUCAACAACAAAAUUUGGUACUCCUAAUAGAACACCUAAAGCUACAUCAGCGUCGAAAAAGAAAACAACAACAUUCAGUCAAAUCAUGGAUAAAAUGAAGAAAAGUCAUGGAACUCCAAAAUAAUAUUUAUUUGGACUUUUUUUAUUGAUAAUGUUCAUUCCGAAAUAUUUUGUAAUAUUUUAUAAAAAUGAAAAACAUCAAAAUGUAUUGAAUGAAGUCUUUUUAAACUUCUGUGAAUUUAAACUUCAAAUCACCAUCAGGAAUGUUAACCAUAACACUUCUGAUUUUCAUAUCUGGAUAAUGCCACUCAACUUUAUAGUCACGGAUGAUUCUUGUCAAAAGCACUUCAAUUUCUAAUUCAGCAAUUCUGUGUCCAACUUUGAAAAGUAAAAAAAGUGGAUUAAAUAAAUGAUUUCAAAUUUUGUUUAUAAAUUUUUCCUACCACAUUUUCUUGGGCCAAAUCCAAAAGGAAGAAAACUAAAUGGAUGAGAAUUCCGAGAAUGUGGACA